GAACGGCAAGUGAUUCACGCAACAGGAUGGCCCAGCCAGGCUAACAAAGCCCCAGUUGACUGGAAUUCUGGGACUGCAUCUUUUGGACCCUUGGGUUGUCACCAUAGACUGUAUAAAGAAUAUAAAGUAUAUACAGUCUAUGGUUGUCACAAUAGUUAGUUAGUUAGGGAUAGGGUUAGACACAAAAAUUUACAACUUGACAAUCUGAAGCCCUGGGUAACAAGGAUCUUAGAAUUGCAGUCUUGGAUCUGUGCUCUUUGUGUCUGCAGACUAAUACACGGCUGUUUCUGCUUUGCUCUUGCUCAGACUCAGAUGUGCAACCAUUGCUGAAAUAGGAGGAUGCUGAUCUGCGUGCAUUUGGCCAGCAGCUACAGGAGGUAAUGUCCUAGCUUGAACUGGAGAGGUUGCACUUCUCUAGAUAUUCUUUUUUGUUUCACCUCCAUGACACUUAAUAACUAACUUGAAAUAUGCACUCUUUGAUACAGCCCCAGACACAAAGGUAACACCUGUCUCUGUGGGUGUUGCUACGCUGCGGGCUAACUUUUAGACAGAGUUUCCGGGUGUGGGAGGAUAGGGGUGGGUGUGAGAGGGUAGGAAAGUCUGUUGCACUGUAUCAAGUACCGCUUUUGUUGCCACCAGCUUUUGCUUAUCUUUAUUUGUCUUGUACAUUACUUUACUCUCUGUGGCAAUGUGGGGUAUGACUAUCCUACCUGUAAAAACUCUAAACAUAUUUGAAACACGUGUUAAAGCUUGGAAAAUUCACAAAGUAACAUAAAAGUAAAACUGAAGUCUGAUAUAAAACAGAAUAUAUGUAAAGUUUAGUAUCACCCAUUUAUUAAAAAAAGAGUCUAAAUGGUCACUAUAGUGCUGAAAUGGCUCAAUAAUAACACAGGAGCAUAUUUCCAGUGUUGUGUAAUGUGUUUGGCAACUAUUAUUUAUUCAACACUCUGGCUCGGGUUGUUUUGUGGGUGUGUUUCAGGCAUGUCAUGCACCAACAAGCCAUUAGUUGGCAGGUAAAGUUACCUGUGGCCCCUCCCCUUCAGCCCCUCCCUAUUUUAUGAGUGUCCCAGGUGAGGUGCAGCCUUCGUCUGCAGCAUUUUCCGUCCAGCAGCUUUCAACACAGACAAAAACUGACGGUGAGUUUUUUUUCUUUUAAAAAUCCAUGAAAUCUCUUCCUGAUUACCAGUCAUGUUCUCAUUUAUCCGACUUUGAUUUGAGCAGCUUAGACUCUGAUCUGCAAACAUAUAAAACAAGCAUCCUGCUUUUCAAAUGGUCUAGGUUUGCUGAAAAUACAAAAAAAUGUGUGAUAAAACACAGAAACCCUUAAAAAAAGAUAGAUUAAAUUGUUUUUAUAGCAGAUAAAAAAAAAACCUUCUUUAGCCAUAUUCAUGUGUCAUGAGAAGUUUUGUCAAAUAAAUCAUUUAUUUAUUUCAUUUGAGCCCUUCAGGUUAAAUUUACACUCAAGUCUACAUCUGUCUUUGUCUUUAUGAACUUCACUCCUUCAUUUCCUAAUUUCUUCAAAUCAUGGCUUUACAACUGGGAAAAUUGGGCUUAAAAGAGGUUCCGUUGUCUUUUUUUUCGUCACUCAUGAGUUGUAGACCAGCUCUGACAUUUUUAAGUGCAAACCCAUGUGUAUUUUUGUCCUUUUGAAAUCCUAAAAUCCUUUCUUAAUUCACUGCAAACAGCCUGAAACUAUCCAGCUGACUGAGUGGGAGAGUCACUUCCUGAUUCUCUCAGCUGCAGCAAAGGUGCUCUACGUUGAAGAGGAUGAGUCACUCUGCUGUUUAACCUUGUGACUCUGCAGGAUGAACAUAGUGCUGUUUCUGUUCAAGGAUGUCAUUAUGGAAAACAAAACAACUUCUAUUAAAACAGAAUAACAAACUUGACAUUGGGCCCAGACUGUUUUCUUCUUCUGGGUUAAAAGCAGGAGCUUUUAGAGCUCAAUUAUUACGUUUGACAUCAAAGUUUCAUCAGACAAAUGUAGGUCCAAAUGUUCCGACAUGAAUAAAGAAAUUAGGUCAAGGGACUGAAAAACAGUUAUUGAAUCAAGCUUUUAACCAGCUUACUACUGCUACAAAAAUGGGUGUUUGUAAACUAAGCACUAUUACAAUUAUCUUGGUUCUUAGAGACAGUAUUAAGUGGCCAUUUGAGGAACUGCAUCUUUUUGCGCCUCCACUUUGUCUUGUAUGGCAGUUCCUUUGUGGUUCAGACACAGCUGUUUGGCACUGUCCCAUGAAUUUGACACCAUAGUGUUCAGGGCACAGGUUUGUCAGGAUGCCCUUAUGGCUUGAUCCCUUCACAAGCUCUAUACUGUACCUGCUUCAUAUGCACCCAAAUUCUUAAUAGAUGUCUGAAACUAUAGCUAUACAAAGAACAGGCAGAUUUAUUGGGGUUAAAAAGGUUUGUGUUCUUCUCAGUCUGCAGCCCUGAACAGUAUAAUAUGUUCCCACUGCAGCCUCCUCCCCCACCUGCAAAGCCUGUUCUCCCUAUAUGCUGCAUACAUAAUAUAUGUAGCCACAUUGAUGUCACCCAGUGGUUUGUGGACUGCCUUUUUUAAGUCUUGAGUUUGGAACAUUUUUCUGUUGCCCUGCAUAUUUUUAGAACUUGAAAUAGACAUAUUUGGAUUAGGUGGCACUUUGGAGGAGGGUGGUACAAGUAAACACAAUACAGUUUAGUAGUACCUUUGCUAAUGGAAAAUAUUCCGAUUCACCAUCAUGCUUACCAGAGAGUGAGGUUAAAAUGGAUGCAUACAAAAGUAUAAAUGUUUGAAGUGACACUGAUGAGCUCAAAAGUUGGGGAGGGGGGGUUGAGCAUUAAAACCUGCUAACAAGUGCUUAAAAUGUAAAAUAAUACUGGAUUUGUCUAGAAAUGACACCUACCUGACACCUAGCAGACUCAACCUAUUAUUUAAAACAACCAUGCAUUUUAUUUUUUGCUUGUUCAAGCCUUAUGUAUUGCACUUACGUUAUUCAAGCCCCAAAACACCCAUGAAGAAUGGCAGCAUAGUGCAGUUUGCUCUUGUGUUGUAUCUGAUCAUGCAGAUGAGCUGUCAGCAUCUUUUCCUCCAGCUGUGUAGAGCUGUACUGUGCACUCUGGUGACAAUUUCAGAGUGAUCAGCUAUUCAGUUGUUGUGUGCCUCAUCUCCCUACAGGUGACAUCAUGCCCUACCAUUCUGAGUUUGAGAAGGCAGGUCAAGAGGGGGGACUUCAGAUAUGGCGGGUGGAAAACAUGGAGCUUGCACCUGUUCCCAAGAACCUGUAUGGAGGGUUCUACACCGGUGAUGCCUACCUGGUUCUCCACACUAUCGAGAACAGGGGAAACAAGCAGUAUGAUCUGCACUACUGGCUAGGUACUGCAAUACUUUGUGCAAUGUUGCUGCAAAACGUAGUGUACUAUUGUGACAAUAAUGUUACUGCAAAUAGUCCAGAGUACAUUACAUAGUAUUUCUGUUAACCUGCAACACAACCUGCACUUCUGCUAAGGUAUCACUGCAGUAUCAACUUUACUGUAACAUAGGAGUAUAUUGGAACAAAGAUGGCUAAUGGUAAAAAUACCAGAAACUGAAGUCCCUCUUUUAUGAUUUGAUCUAGUUUAAUUGUUCACGUCAGUGUUAAUAAUUUUCUCAAUUAACUAUUUUUUCCCAAGAAAAAGAAUUAGUCCGAGAAUUGAAUCCUGAGGGACACCAACUGCCACACAAAAUGUUACUUAUGGCAGUCAUACUAGUGGAUUAUUAUUCUUUUGUUUGAGGAGAUGGGAGCCUUGUUUGCUUAUCGAGGUGGCAUUGUGGUUGUGGUCUCUGAUUUGGACUUUCAGGUGCAGAUUGCUCACAGGAUGAGAGUGGCGCAGCUGUCAUUUUUGCAGUGCAGAUGGAUGAUUACCUGAAUGGGAUGCCGGUCCAGUUCCGUGAAGUCCAGGGCCAUGAAUCCAGCACCUUUACUGGGUACUUCAAAAAUGGACUCAAAUACAUGGUAACUAUGUUAUACAUCACAAAACACCAUUCUUCACUUUUCAGGAUUUUUUUUUUGUUGUUGUUCUGUUUUGCUUGUUUUUUAUUAUUGAUUAGCAACCCUUACCAUCACUUUCAACAGCUUAUAGUUUCAAUAGGUGCAAAUAUUUUAUUCCUCUAAAAUCUGUUCCAUCACCAUAAAACAAACCAACAGAAUUUGCCAGAAAUAAGCGUCCAAUAUGCAACAGUACAAGCACAGAAGACUACAAUAAUGUAUGGUAUAUGUAUGAAAAUGAACUGGAUUUAAAGGCUUUUGUAAGAGCUCCUGUCAGAAACUUUCAGUUUGCAUCAACUUUGGCGCCCCCUGUGGACAAAACAUUCCUGGCUCAUUUUGUCCUGUACACGCUUCGGUAGUGUCUUUGGACAACAAAAUCCGAUCCAGCCAGCACUUGACAGUCAAAUACAUCGUUUAUUGUGAAUAUUUGUGGUUAAGAUCUAGAAACAGGGCUUUUUUUGUGGCUGUACUGAUACUUGUCCCACACACUAGUUUCAGUCAUUGAAAAAUUACAAUAGACACCUGUGAUCCUAGAGAAAAAGAUCACCCUUGUAAGGAGAGUCCUCACCUGACUUAAAUUUCACAGAAAAAACUGUCCAUAACAACUCUGCCUUUUUUCACACAGAAAGGGGGCGUGGCUUCGGGGUUCACGCAUGUGGAUAGAACUGAUGAGGACAUGACCAGGCUGCUGCAGGUCCAAGGUCGGCGUGUCGUCAGGGCAUACGAGGUUCCUCCCUCCUGGGACAGUUUCAACAAUGGGGACAGUUUUAUACUGGACCUGGGAAAGGUGAGAAGGGGGUGGGGGGCAGACAGUGGGGUCUAAAACAAGAAGACAGGGAGGUAAGCCAUGUGACUAGGGACAGGAAGGAGUGAGACAAGCAGACAGUUAAAUGCAGGGAGAGACACUUGGAAAGGUGAAACAUAAAAAGACAAAAAAAAAAGAGGUGAGACAGGCAGGGGAGUUAAACAAUUCUGUUACCUGUCUCUCUCAUUCUACAGAUAAUCAUCCAGUGGUCUGGUUCCAAAAGCAACCCCUUUGAGAAGCUGAAGGCCACCUUGGUGUGUAGCAACCUCGCCUUAUUACAUCAUCAGUAGUCUGUGACAUUAUUUUGGGUUCAUAUCUGAAAUGAUUUCAUUGUUUGAGCGACAGGUGUCCAAGAGUAUCCGUGACAAUGAGCGGAGUGGCCGUGCCGAACUGAUUCUCUGUGAAGAGGGAAUGGAGUCGGAGAAGAUGCUGGAGGUGAGAAAAUCAGCAGAGCCUUUCACAUGAGUACAGGAUACAGUAACAACAACACCAGGGUGACAAUUUGAAAUACCUUAAAAGUAACAUGCAAGCUGAGUCCUGCACACUCACAGUCAGCACAGUCAAUGGCAAUUUUUGACAUACCGAUUCCUCUCUUUACAUCUAUCUGAUGAGCAGAUGUAUGAAGUAUUUUUCUGUCAUUUCAACAAAAGCCAACAAAAGGAAAUGUUUUAACAUUUUAAUUGCAAAGAAAACUACUAAUGAUGUGAUGCAACACAAUCCAGGAGGUUGAUUUGAAUACAAGUCCAGCCUUUAACAAAGCAAGAGGCCAAUCACAGACUAGGAUUUAAGGGGGGCAUCUGUGCAGGCUGAUCAGAUUUCAAGGGGGGUCAUGCAACUCCUAGCUUCACCCCUGGAAUCAGAGUGAGGCUGAUCAUUUUUUGUUUCCUUGAAGAUGGGAAAUCUUAACACUGAUUAGCUUUUAGAACAGAGUCACGCAGAUAUGUUGCCCGGGUUGAAAUUUUUUAAGCUUAAGGGAGUUUUUGAUCAGGUUGCAGCUGGUGAGAGCAGUUCUUCUGACUUUUGCUCUUCAUACUGUUUGGCCUGUUUACAUUUAAGGCUGCUCAUCUGCUCAUCUACUCAGACAAGCAAUUUUCAAAGUCUAGUUUGGUCUUAUCUGUUUCUGUUUAAUCUGACUACUCCCAGUUGACCUGUGAUUUACUCCUUGCCUGUCUGACCUUUGUGUUUAGGUUCUUGGUGAGAAGCCGGAGCUUCCAGAUGCUCACCAUGAUGACACCCAAAUAGAUUCUGCCAACAGGAAAAUAGCAAAACUGUUCAAGGUGGCUGAAUGUUCAUUUAGUCUGCUGACUUAGUCUGGUCAUGAUGUCACUGAUUCUCAUCCUCAGUUCAUGUGUCUGUAGACAGAAGUGCUGACCUGGCUUUGUUUUUGUUUACGUAUCUGUCUGUCAGGUGUCCAACGCAGAUGGGGACAUGAAGCAUACCAUGGUAGCAGAUCACAGUCCAUUCUGUCAGAGGAGUUUGGAGACCAGUGAAUGUUACAUCCUUGACAAUGGAGGGAAUGGAACCCUCUAUGUCUGGAAAGGUUCAACUUUGUUAUGUCUGCAAUCACUAUGGUCUGUAACCGGUUUUGGUUACAGUUUUGUCUUAAAACAGUGUAGACUGGUCUUCAACAACAUGGACUUAACUAAAACCACCUAGAUUGGUCUAGAUUGAAUAGACUGCUGAAGGACUGGUCAGAAUAAGACAUUUGAAACCAGCCAGGCUAGAGUAUUUUAAAAACAGAUUAGUCGAGUAUUGGUUUAGAUUGUUUUAAGACUGAGUUUUAUUGCCGUUUAAAUUUACCUGAAAACAGUACGGACCUGGCUAAAACCUAAAAAUUUACAACUAGUUCCAAAUGAGCUAAGGCCAGUUUAGACCACUUCGACAAUGGACUGAUCUCAGACUGGCUUUUACAGUCUGGAUUUGUUUGAACGUUGUUUGAUUUUUAUGAAAUCAUCUUAAACUAGGUUAGGUGAAGCUCCCAGGCUGACUUAGAAGAAGUCUAUCAGGAUGUCUCCACUUGGUGAUGUGGGUUGUCAUAUAUAUAUAUGAGGCUUGUUUGUAUUUCUGUGCAUUUGCAGGACAAAAUGCUAACGUGGAGGAGCGUCAUGCUGCUCUGACAAUGGCAGAGCAGUUCAUUCACAAGAUGAACUACCCAUCACACACUAAUGUAAGCACUCACAUGUAGAGGUGAGCAGGUAGAAUGCUCAAACUCAAGCAUAAAACCAAACAAAUUGAAUUUAAUUAAAUUGAAAAUUUACUGAAUUUCACUUUAGGGAUAAAUAAAGUUCUUAUUUUUCUGCUUAAAAAUUCUUAAAAAGAACAUGUUACUGAAGCUGCCAGCAAUACCUGUCUAAGCACUCGAAUCCUGUAAUCCACUCAGGUUCAAGUCUUUCCCGAGCAUGGGGAGACUCCACUCUUCAAACAGUUCUUUCAAGACUGGAGGGACCCAGAGGAUACUGUCGGCAUGGGACAGGCAUAUGUGUCCAGUCAAAUUGCCAAGAUAGAGAAGGUAAACCAAGCCUUAACACCAUUCUUCAUUGGAAUAAGAUGUCAAUGUGCCAAAUUUGGGGGUAAGGCUAUGUGGAUGGGGGGUGGGGGGUGUUUUGGGAUUGAGCAAAAGUUAAGGGUUAGAGCUCAGGUAACUGCUUUGCCUUUUGUAAACUAACUCCACCGAUUGAACAGGUUCCAUUUGACGUGUCCAAGCUCCACCAAUCAGACGCCAUGGCAGCGCAGUAUGGGAUGGUUGAUGAAGGAGAUGGAGAGAAAAAGGUGAUGGCACUGACUGACACUGAACCGCCAGCGUUCAACUGCUGAUCUCUGUUAUGUCUUUUCAAAUCAAGAUUGUCCAUAUGUUUUUCUGUAGAUUUGGCGUGUUGAAGGAUCAGACAAGGUUCCUGUGGAUCCGUCAAUCUAUGGCCAGUUCUUUGGAGGAGAUAGUUACAUCAUCCAGUAUCAGUACCGUCACAACCACAAACAAGGCUGCAUCAUCUACAUAUGGUAGGACAAAUGUUCCACCACAGCACUGUAAACAACGGGUGUUGAUAAGUCUGUUUAAUUUUGAAUUUUGUUUCCCUCCGAGAGUAUCUUUGGGUUAUAAGAUACCAAUAAUACUUAUUUUCACCUUUAAAUAGCCACAGGUUUCAAUAACAGUUGUGAUCCAAAAUCAGCUCAUACUGAAGUCAGGUUGUGGCCAAGUCCCAAGACCUGCUGUCCGGGAAAGCUGGAAAACACACCAUUCAUACACUCACCGGCCACUUUAUUAGGUAUACCUGUCCAACUGCUCGUUAACACUUAAUUUCUAAUCAGCCAAUCACAUGGCGGCAACUUAGUGCAUUUAGGCAUGUAGACAUGGUCAAGACAAUCUCCUGCAGGUCAAACCGAGCAUCAGUAUGGGGAAGAAAGGUGAUUUGAGUGACUUUGAACGUGGCAUGGUUGUUGGUGCCAGAAGGGCUGGUCUGAGUAUUUCAGAAACUGCUGAUCUACUGGGAUUUUCACGCACAACCAUCUCUAGGGUUUACAGAGAAUGGUCCGAAAAAGAAAAAAUAUCCAGUGAGCGGCAGUUCUGUGGGCGGAAAUGCCUUGUUGAUGCCAGAGGUCAGAGGAGAAAGGCCAGACUGGUUUCGAGCUGAUAGAAAGGCAACAGUGACUCAAAUAACCACCCGUUACAACCAAGGUAGGCAGAAGAGCAUCUCUGAACGCACAGUACGUCGAACUUUGAGGCAGAUGGGCUACAGCAGCAGAAGACCACGCCGGGUGCCACUCCUUUCAGCUAAGAACAGGAAACUGAGGCUACAAUUUGCACAAGCUCAUCGAAAUUGGACAAUAGAAGAUUGGAAAAACGUUGCCUGGUCUGAUGAGUCUCGAUUUCUGCUGCGACAUUCGGAUGGUAGGGUCAGAAUUUGGCGUCAACAACAUGAAAGCAUGGAUCCAUCCUGCCUUGUAUCAACGGUUCAGGCUGGUGGUGGUGGUGUCAUGGUGUGGGGAAUAUUUUCUUGGCACUCUUUGGGCCCCUUGGUACCAAUUGAGCAUCGUUGCAACGCCACAGCCUACCUGAGUAUUGUUGCUGACCAUGUCCAUCCCUUUAUGACCACAAUGUACCCAACUUCUGAUGGCUACUUUCAGCAGGAUAAUGCGCCAUGUCAUAAAGCUGGAAUCAUCUCAGACUGGUUUCUUGAACAUGACAAUGAGUUCACUGUACUCAAAUGGCCUCCACAGUCACCAGAUCUCAAUCCAAUAGAGCAUCUUUGGGAUGUGGUGGAACGGGAGAUUCGCAUCAUGGAUGUGCAGCCGACAAAUCUGCGGCAACUGUGUGAUGCCAUCAUGUCAAUAUGGACCAAGCUCUCUGAGGAAUGCUUCCAGCACCUUGUUGAAUCUAUGCCAAGAAGAACUGAGGCAGUUCUGAAGGCAAAAGGGGGUCCAACCCGUUACUAGCAUGGUGUACCUAAUAAAGUGGCCGGUGAGUGUAUAUCUUGCAUUCUAAACUGCACUUUCCAAAAAAGCUGUAAAAUAUUAAACCAAAACAAAGUCUGUAAAUACUAACAUAUUUUUUAUGCUGUGACUACCUUUUUAUGUUAACAUUAACUGUAAAAAUGUGAUAUCUUGUCUGUGUCUGCUACAAUGUUAGUUUUACAGUUUUGCUUCAUGUGGCUCAUUUCUUAAAACUCAACUCAGGACAGGGACCACAAAUUAGCCAUGGCUAGAAUUCCCUUAUACACGGCAUCAGUUGGUCUAUGAUUAAAUGUAACAAUGCCUACAUAUAUUGUCCCUGUCAAAUAAACAGAUACAUGAAUUAACAAAAUGAAUAUCUUACAUUGUCCCUUUUUUGUAUCUCUCUCACUCUCAGGCAGGGGGCAGAGUCUAGCCAGGACGAAGUUGGAGCAUCAGCCCUCUUGGCUAUCGACCUAGAUGAUGAAUUGGGAGGAAGCGCUGUUCAGGUUUGGAAAAGGGGAAUGUGGACCCAGUCUUUGUAAUACUCUAAGAUAUUGAAUCGAAUCCCCGUAGUGCGAAUGCAGCAUACUUACCUGUCUGUCGUUCCAUCAACAGGUGCGUGUGGUCCAGGGAAAAGAGCCUGCUCAUCUCAUGAGCCUAUUUGGUAGCAAACCAAUGGUGGUGUACAAAGGCGGAACUUCCAGAGAGGGUGGCGAAUCAGUGCCGGAAGAUAUCCGUCUUUUCCAAGUUCGAGCCAAUCCCGCUGGCCACUCAAGAGCUGUGGAGGUGAGACGGAAACCAGAGCCACACAUUGUCUGAGUUAUGCCAGACAAGCCAGCAGGAUAUUUUGGCCUGUGAAGUGAUCACUUUGCAUGUUUUAGUUCUUGAAGUCCUAUAAGGAGUUACCAGGACACUGUUUCAGUUCAAGCCCUGACUAACCUGGUUCUCUGUCCUCAGGUGGAGCCAGUUUCCCAAAGUCUGAACUCCAAUGAUGUCUUCGUCCUUGUCUCCCCUUCUAAAGCCUGGAUCUGGAAAGGAACUAGCAGCACUUCUGUUGAGGAACAGGGAGCCAAGCACCUGGCUGAACUCCUACAAGUGAGCCUCACCAAGGUCCAGGAGGGCAACGAGGAAGGUGAAGGGAUGGUUUCCAUGUUUGUUUUUCUGUUUGGUCUAUAAAGACCCAAAAAGUUGAAAACCUGUUAAAUUCAUUUGAAUCCAUUCCAACGUUUCUAAUUCCUCUGUUUAUCUUUACAGAUGAAUUCUGGGAUACUCUAGGAGGUAAAGCGGACUACUGUCAUUUACUCCGUCCGUUGAACCACUUGGAAGCUCAUCCUCCUCGCCUGUUUGCCUGCUCCAACAAGACUGGAAACUUCCAGGUAUUUGUGUUUGUCAACCUGAUUUCUGGACUGUUAACACACUGCUUUCAUUUAAAGAUCCCUUAUGAUGGUAUUUUAGAUGUUUAAAGCAUAUACUUUGACAUCUUGACUCUGCAACAACAAAGCACAAACGCACGUAUGCGAACAGAAUCACUUGAGGGUGAAAGUGGUUUUGAAUGUCUGCCUAUGCAAAUCACUUAGGAGUGAUUUUGUGAAUCUGUCCCUGUGAUGAUGUAACAACAGGACUGUCAUAUAUAUGUGUGUUCAGAUGGAAGAGGUUCCUGGUGAGCUGACAAAGGAUGAUCUUGCUCCUGAUGAUGUUAUGAUCCUGGAUGUCUGGGACCAGGUAAGUGCCUUAUCCUCACCAUGGUAAAACACCCCAUCACUGUCCUUGGUGUAUCUAAUCCUCCUGUGUCCUCCUCCAGGUGUUUGUUUGGAUUGGAGACGAAGCCAAAGAGGAGGAGAAGACAGAGUCUUUAGCCUCAGGUGAGACAGACAGGACACUCAUUCUGAAGAAGGGCAAGCAUGUCAGUCUGACACACUUAAAGGGACAGAAAAUCAUAACGAACAAAACAGGUCAUUGUCAAGUACUGUAUAUUGACUGCCAAGGAAAAAGAUCAAGAUUAAGCAGGAGUAAAACCUUGAAGCUAAAGAUCUUGUCAGGAGAGGAUUUAGUAUGUCAGUCUAAUGAAACUGAAAUUAUAGACUAGGUUGUGUUAUGGGCGGCUGGCAUCUAACAUGGAAGCUAUAUGUUGUUUUAUCUGCCCCCUCUAGCUGUCAAGUACAUUAAGAGUGAUCCCGCCGACAGAGAUCCUCAAACUCCCGUAGUGGUGGUGAAAAUGGGAUUUGAACCUCCAACUUUCACUGGCUGGUUCCUGGGCUGGAGCCAAGAAUAAUGGAAAGAAGACUCACAGAACUGAGUCACCAAGGACCUGCGAUAGUGACAGAGUUUUACUGCAAUGUAUCAAAUGAAUAAGUACAACCUGUCUGUAUGUUCUCAAACACCUGUCCAUCUGUUGAAUCCUUAAGGGUGAAUUUAAUAAAAAUGGAUUGUGACCUCCAAUAGCUCCAAGAAUUAUGCAUUAAUUGCCCCACUAUCUGCACCAUAUCAAGG